AUGCCGGGUAACCAAGCCGCAAAUAAAGCUGCUGCUGAAGUUGAUGAUGGAGUGUCCAACUUACCGACCUCAGAGGAUUCCGUUCAGACGGCGAUCGAGCAGCCUGCUGCUGCCGAGGCGCCCCCGCCGAAUACAACAACCGAGACUGAUAUCCUCGGACCCCAACAGUGGAUGCAGUUGGCAGAAGGCACCGAUCCGCAAGAUUAUAGUGACUCAACUCUGGGUGACAAUGCCAGCUCCAGCGCAUCCAUAGCUUCUACUAUCUUCCAAUACAGGACGAUACAUGGUAGAACAUACCAUAGCGACCAUGGCAAUGCCCAAUACUGGGGCACAAACGACGACAAACAAAACGAGGCGAUGGAUAUCAACCAUCACGUCCUCACGCUCCUUAUCGGUGACAAGCUCUACCUAGCGCCACUACCGAAGGACAUACAGAAAGUCGUCGACAUUGGAACUGGCACAGGCAUCUGGGCCAUUGAUUUUGCCGAUGAAUUUCCCAACACCAGGGUCAUUGGCACUGACAUCUCGCCCAUUCAACCCAGCUGGGUGCCGCCAAACCUCGAGUUCCAAAUCGACGACUGCACGCAGAAGGAAUGGGCCUUCCCGCGCGAUUCCCUUGACUACGUCCACAUGCGCUGGCUGGUCGGGAGCAUCGUUGACUGGACGGCCCUCUUCAAGCACGCCUACAACAGCCUCAAGCCUGGCGGAUUCAUCGAGAGCCACGAGGCAUCGCCGUAUAUCGUGAGCGACGAUGGCUCCAUCCACGAGACGAGCGCCAUGAACCAAUGGGGAAAAUUCUUCGUCGAAGGGGGUCGCAAGAUGGGGCGAUCGUUCACGGUUGUGAAGGACGGCACGCAGAGGAAGGCGAUGGAGGAAGCGGGGUUUGUUGAUAUUGAAGAGGCGAAUCUCAAGAACCCUCUCGGCGGCUGGCCUCGAGAUCCCAAGCUCAGCGAGAUCGGCAAGUAUACGCAGCUCGCGCUUGAGCAGGACAUUGAGGGCACUGUGCUCUUCAUGGCCAACUCAGUCGGCUGGACCAAGAUGGAGAUUGGCGUGUACAUCGCCCACCUCCGGCGGGAGCUUCGGUCGAGGAAAUUCCAUCCCUACUUCUGGCAGAAGGUCGUCUGGGGCCGGAAGCCCACCGCAUAG